CUCUUUCGAACGUUGUUCAGUAUUUGUAAAUAUCAACAUGGCUUCCAGCUUCUACCACUCCAUGGUGCCUCAACCCACUUUUGUGCCCCCUACACAAAACUCAGUGCACCAAGAAUCGCCCAAAGAGAAAAAGAAACGUACGAGAAACCCAGAAAAUUGGAAAAAAGAGAAAAGAAAAAGGGCCAUUUUGUCAGGCCAAGCCUAUGUCAAUACCAAGGGUGAACUUGUAGGCCCUCGAGCUAUUGGACCGAAUUGCAAUUGUAAGAAUAAGUGUUACAAUCAAGUGUCAGACGAAAAUAGGAAUAUGAUCUUUAGAGGAUAUUAUUCUCUUAACAGUUAUGAUGAACAAAAUGCCUACCUUUAUGGUUUGAUUAGAAGGCAUGAUAUUCAACGAAAGCGACAACCAGUCUCAGAACGUAGGACUUGUUCUUAUAAAUAUUAUGUGAGAAUAAAAGGAAAAGAGAUUCAGGUGUGUAAAAAAGCUUUUGCCAAUAUCCAUGGAAUAUCGGAUAAGAAAAUCCGGACGCUUUGCAUAAAGCAUGAACAGAAUAUACUGUUUCCUAAAGACAAUAGAGGCCGCCAUCAGAAUCGUCCCAAAAAGGUAACACCAGAGUUGAUAACAUUAAUUAAGCAUCAUAUUUUGAAGAUGUUGUCAGGUCCAAAUGGUAGUGAUUUUAUCAAGACUGAUAAAAAUCAAGGACCAGAUGUUAACAUAUCAAAGCUUCAUAAAAGUUUCCUCCAGCAGUAUGAGCCAGAGGCUAUUGAUCAAGAAAGUGAUAAAGUGAUAAAAGACUAUGAUGCAAAAGUCAAGUCGUGGUUAUAUUUCAAAGUAUUCCAUGAGGAAUUCAAGUCAAUGGAUUUCAACACAGUGAAAAGAAAAUUAUCAGAUCUUCGGAAAAGUUUGGAGGCAUCAGGUGCUCUUCAGGUUACUAAAAAGAAAGCCACCAAGCAAUCCCGGCCCCGACCUCGCGUCCAAGAAAAUUCAGCAGGUAGAACCACAACACCAAAUGAAGCCUCAGCAUCUUCUGUGGGUGUGGCAGUUUCGACAGGUCAUGCAGCUCAAAUGGGUGGUGGUUAUAUGGGAGGCCAACAGCCUCAUCCACAUCCUCUUCCAGCAAACCUACAAUUAAGUGUCCUUGGUCUGCAGCACUUGGGUAACAAUGCUCAUACAGGAGCAGCUUUCAAUCCAGCUGCCGGACAGCAACCUCAGCAACAGCCACUUAAUCUCCAGACAGGUGGUGGUGGAACAGGCCAAGGUGGGGGUGGGAGUGAGCAGCCGCAACCAAUUCCUCUAAAUCUUCACUCUGUUGGAGGACAUAUGCCUUCCUAUUACCUAUCCCUUGGUCACAUGUCUAAUUUAAUUUCCCUUCCAGUCUCUCCGGGUGGGGGAGUUCAGACUGCAAACACACAGGGAGGCAAUUUCCCAGCACAGCAUAACAUGCAGCAAUUUCAGCCUGGUACCAUUAUACCAGCUCAUGCUGUAGCUCAAAGUGGACCUGCACCCUCAGGUCAGCCUCACGUUUUACAAGGUGGUGUAGGGGUAACUUAUACUGGUCCUCAGCAUAAUCAUACAAUGUAUUAACUGUUGAUUCACAUUAGAAAUGUGCAUGUGUAUAUUGUUACAAAAACAGUAUAUUCCUUGGAUGUUGUUAUUUUUAUGUAAAUUUGAAGUUUUUCAGAUGCAAGAAUUUUAUGUUUCGUAUCAACAGUGAUGUUUUAAUAUACUGUAUUUGAGUUGUAUAUGCUGUGGUAUAUAAACGAAGUUUUACAUAA